CUUACCUUAGUCAGCCUAGAGAUCUGGCUUCUCAGUCAACAUGAAGGCUCUUCUUAUUCUAGAGGUUCUUCUCUUUUCUUCCACUGUCCAUAGCAAGAUAUUUGAACGAUGCGAGUUGGCCAGAAUUCUAAAAGGAGGUGGAAUGGAUGGCUACAGAGGAAUCAGUCUGGCAAACUGGAUGUGUUUGGCCAGAUGGGAGAGCAGUUAUGACACAAGAGCUACAAACUACAAUCCUGGAGACAGAAGCACUGAUUAUGGGAUAUUUCAAAUCAAUAGCCGCUACUGGUGCAAUGAUGACAAGACCCCAGGAGCAGUCAAUGCCUGUGGCAUCCCCUGCAGCGCUUUGUUGAAAGAUGACAUCACUCAAGCUAUAGCUUGUGCAAAGAGGGUGGUCCGUGAUCCACAAGGCAUUAGAGCAUGGGUGGCAUGGAGAAAUCGCUGUCAAAACCGAGAUGUCAGCGAGUAUGUUCGGGGCUGUAGAUUAUAAUGCAAAAUUUUGUCUGCUUAUUAUCUCACUUUUUCGCUUUGUAUGAGAAGGUAUUCAGAAAGCAUAACUGCGUUUGUAUUCAGUAAUGCAAUUUAACCACAUCUGAGGUAGCAACUAACCUCAGGACUGAGAUUACAUAUACUGUAAUAAAUACUUUAAUCAAAUAAC